AUGUUCUUGCCACAGCCGUUAACACAUGAAGUGUUGACACAUGAAUUGAUCUAUGUCUUUGCGGCCUUUGCCCAAGUCACGACCCAUUGGCAUCGAAACAAGCAGACUAAUGCCAUCAUCGCCAGUUUUCAAGGACCAGAACCAGCAGCUGCAUUGCUUCGCCAAAUCUUUGCCAUGGCUCUUUCGCCACAGUCAUUGGACUUGCUUGGACGACAAAUCUACUAUGACGAAGCUACUGGAGAAAUCCGGUUUGUCCCUGCCAGGAACAAAGGUGUCGCGCCACCACAGCCAUUCCUCAUUGCAUUGGUAGUUGCUGUAGUUCGAUCUCAGCUAGAUGCAUGCAAAGAUGACGCAUCCAACCAACCUCCGAUAUUGCUGAAGUGGGCAGGAAGGCCGAUUUGGAAGGGCAUUGUGCAUCCCAAAACAACAUUGGGUACGAUGGCAGCCAUUCUGAAACAAUCCCUGGUGCCCCUCAAUGCGGGGAAGCAGUAUCGACUAGUUGUCAAUGGUCGCCAAGUGCCACAUGACAUGGUGGUCGAAAACCUGCCACCGCCGACCCGUGAGUAUGUCGUUAUUCACGCAGUCAUGGAAAUGCACGGUGGAGGACAGGGGACAAAAUCCCAACAACGAGACAUCCAACAGAACGCGCUGGCAAGCUUACUGCUAGACCAUGGAUUGCCGCUUGCAUGGACGACCACUGCAGUUGAAAAGAUCAUGCAAAAAACAGGACUUCCCAAGCUUCAGGCUCUGAACUCACAACCAAUGGGAAGCAACAAACUGCAAGCAGUCAUGCAACUCUGCAAAGAGCUCAGCAUUGAAGUACCUGAACCCACCAAGCCCAAUUCAGGGAAAGAGCUGACUGGAAGCCUCUGGCAGAAGAAGAAACGUCGACCACAGGACAUUCAGAUCAAUCCAGCAGACUACACAUUCAUCGAGGGCUACUUCACCAAUCAGGAUGGCACCAAUGCUACGCAGAUCAACCAGAUUGUUCCACAUGCCACAGGCGUCUGUCUGUUGACAGCGCUGCAAGCAGAAGUCUGGAUCAAAGAAGCACAGUUGAUCACCUCGGAUGAAUUAGGACUUCUGGUCAUUGGACAAAUCCAGGUCCCAGGAACAUUGACCACUGAGGUUAUCACUUUCCCCUGCUACACACCUGACAAACAAAUGGUGUUGCUCACAGCCACUCUUGUCCAAAUGGGAAGUAAAGCACUGAAGCACCGGCAAGGCAAUCCCCAACAGGUACCUGCAGACGCCUGCACUUUAGUAGCCAUGACGAUGUACAAAGAAGAUUGGCAAGAGGGGGAUUGGUUGACCAUCACAACCAACCCAAUGGGAUUCAUCCGCAAGCUCCUGGAAAAUGACAACCUCUACCAGGGGAUACAUGCCAUGUGGGGAAAAUCCCUUCGAAGUCACAAAUCACCUGCAUCCCCGCACCAGGCACUGACAGUCCAAAUUCAUCUCACAGUGGAAGAUGCCAAAUUGGAAAGACUCAUGGCCAAAUCAGGCUUUAACCGCCUGUUUCUCACGCCAAAGACACAGGUGGGCCGCCUCAACCUCAACUACAAGAUCAUUUGGGUCUCUGGAGAUGUGCCGAAACUGAGCUCCCUGUCAGCCAAGUGCCAGUCAUGCUUGGGAUUGGUCCGUGGGAGACAAGGAAAAGGAUAUGGCCUCCGCUUUGCCAACGAUAAACAUGAUGCUGCAUGGGCCAUUCUGCAUCCAGCCCUUGGUCCUCAAACCUGGCUUGUUAGAGCCAAUGCAGACUUGCCAGAAGCUGUGCCAAUGUUCAAUGCGACGCCCAUUCUGGCCAGAUUGUUGCCACCCCGCGAUGCCAAAGCACCUGAGAAAGUGCUCUUAGGUCCCAGGCCAAAGGCACCUGCAAAGACAUCAGCAGAUCCGUGGCACCAAAAGCCGGGCCAUGACCCCUGGGCAAAUUGGACACCACCGUCCAGGCCCGAGACAAGUGCAUCGUUGAUACCGCAGCGUCCUGUGCAAGGACCCAUGGAGAACAAGUUUGCAGAGAAGGAUGAAAAACUUGCCACCAUGCAAAAAAGCAUUGAUCAAUUGACCAACCAACAACAGCAACACGUGCAGCAGGUGGAGCAACAAUUCCAGGUGGCAGCUCAAAGGGAAAAAGAAAACAUGGCCAAAGUGGAUCAUGCUAUCAAGAACAUCGAAAAAUCAGUUGAGUCUGCCCUUGCACAAUCAAUGCGUAGCCACACUCAAGCCAUGGAUGAACGAUUCAAGGAACUCAAGCAGCUACUGGCGGGGUCCAACAAGCGUCCUGCGCCAGAUGACGGUGACCAACUCAUGGACUGA